AUGAUUGAUAAUGGCGAUGGUAAUGAUGAUGAUGAUGAAGAUGAUGAUGAUGAUGAUGAUGAUAAUGAUGAUGGGUCAUCGGUCGGAGAAGAGCGCGAAUUUACUGACCGGAAGUUCUGUGGUUCGAACCCGACCUCUGCCUCUCAACUGCCCCUGAGUAGGCCUGGGCAACCUGGUAGUAUCCCAGCUGUCGCGCCUCCUGUGGCAUGGUGCCCCGUUGCAUCAGGUUUCCUGCAUCUCUUUGGUAAAAAGGAACUCCUUUUCUUAUCUCUGGAUCUUAAGGGAUUGUGGGGUGUUUCCUUGUAUGGCUGUGAGACUUGGCCUGUUCGAGAAACGGAACUGAGACGUCUUCACGUGUUCCACUAUCAUUGUCCCGGGACUAUAGCUCAUGUGGGUUGGUGUUGGCAAAUCCAUGACGAGGCAACUAGAAAGCGAGUUUUUGGCUGUGUACCCAGCACCAGAAGCUGUGUUGGUUGGCACACGUAUUGCGUAUGUCGAGUUAUCGUUUGCCGAAGAGAGUGCUGUUUUCUGUGCCCAAUUCAGGGUUGUGGAAGCAGAGAGGUGGCCAACUCUCGACCUGGUAAAGGGGGGUUGCGUGAUUCCCACUGCACGUGGUCGGAUCGUUCAGCUGUAGCACCCUUCCGGUGUCUAACUGCCAUGCCACCCGAAGGCUGCACGAGGGCUGGGAUACUGCCAGGUUGCCCAAGCCUAGACAGGGGGAGUCGAGAGGCGGAGGUCGGGUUCGAACCACAGACCUUCCGGUCAGUAAAUUCGCGCUCAAACCACUUGGGCUAUCUCGCCCCUACGUGGUUAGAGAGCUACCACAUAAGGCUGCUCCUCGACGCUAAUGACUUUCCUGUUGUCAGUUUCUAUCCAGAUUGCCUGAGUGAGUGUCUGGAGGUUGGGAGGAAGAAGGCCUUCGCUGCGGAGUUGUUCAUUAGAGAACCACCAAUUGAACAGUUACAGACUAAUGGACAGGGCAGCGAAACUCUCAUAUGCAUCUUGUUUAUAAAAACUGAAUAUCCAUCUUCUCCUUGA